AUGGUCCUGUUACAGCUACUGUCCUCGUACAGCCAUGUCCUAUUACAGCUGCUGGCCUCGCAUUUAUUUCUGCUUCCAAGCAAGCUCGUAGGCGGCGUCACUCAUGUCUUCGUCAAUCUGGGGUCCGACCACCCCUCCAUCCUGGAGGCUAUGGUGAAGGGCCAAAAGGAGAGGAAAGAUCGGUUCCCUACCAUCAUCACCUGUCCCAAUGAGAUGGUCGCACUGUCAAUGGCUGACGGCUACGCCCGCUUGACAGGCAAGCCCCAAGCGGUGAUCGUUCACGUCGAUGUCGGAACGCAGGGACUGGGUGCCGCGGUCCACAAUGCCUCGUGCGGCCGCGCACCCGUUCUGAUCUUCGCUGGCUUGUCGCCGUAUACAAUCGAAGGAGAGAGCCGCGGCUCUCGCACCGAGUAUAUCCACUGGAUCCAGGAUGUGCCAGACCAGAAGCAAAUCGUCUCGCAAUACUGCCGGUACUCUGGGGAGAUCAAGACCGGCAAGAAUGUUAAGCAGAUUGUCAACCGGGCUUUAAAAUUCGCUACCAGUGACCCUCAAGGCCCCGUAUACCUUGUCGGUGCCCGAGAAGUUAUGGAGGAGGACAUUGAGCCUUAUCAGCUGGAUCAGAGUCUCUGGGGUCCCGUUUCCCCGGCUGCUCUACACAAUGAGGCAGUGAACAUGAUCGCAUCAGAGCUCGCAGCUGCUCAGAAUCCAUUGGUUAUUGCUGGUUACACCGGCCGGAAGGCACAGGCUGUGGUGGAGUUGGUCAACUUGGCAAAUCACUUUAAGGGUAUCCGAGUCCUGGACACCGGCGGAAGUGAUAUGUGCUUCCCUGCCAAUCAUCCUGCUUGGCUCGGGCUGAGAUAUCCCGGCCAUGAGGCCAUUAAGACAGCCGACGUGAUCCUUGUGAUUGACUGCGAUGUCCCCUGGGUUCCUACCCAGUUCAAGCCGUCGCCAUCGGCCAAGAUUAUUCACAUCGACGUGGAUCCACUGAAGCAGCAGAUCCCCGUCUUCUACAUUAAUGCCAUGGCUACCUUCCGUGCCGACGCUACUACAGCGCUCAAGCAGCUCAAUGUCCAUAUUUCGAUUAAUAACUCCCUUCAGCAGUUUGUGGCCUCCCAGCAAAAUCUCAGCAUGGGCAAGCGUCGGGAUGAGGAGUAUUUGCAGCGACGGAAGGCCAUCUCCGAUCUCGCCGUCACGCCCGCAGGCGGCAAAAACGCAGCACUGAACAUUCACUAUCUCAUGGGCCAGGUUCGCCAAGGCUGCCCGCAAGACACGAUUUGGGCCAUCGAAGCCGUGACUCUGACCCAUAUGGUCAGCGAUCAAAUCGGGGCCACUCUGCCACAAUCAUGGAUCAAUUGUGGCGGCGGUGGUCUUGGCUGGUCAGGCGGCGGAGCACUGGGCAUCAAGCUGGCGACGGAUGUGCAGCACGGUGGGCGCAACAAGGGCAAAUUCGUCUGCCAGGUCGUCGGCGACGGGACCUACCUGUUCUCCGUGCCGGGAUCAGUGUACUGGAUCUCGCGGCGCUACGGGAUCCCCGUGCUGACCAUUGUCCUCAACAAUAAGGGCUGGAAUGCGCCGCGACGGAGCAUGUUGCUUGUUCAUCCGGACGGCGAUGCCUCCCGCGCUACAAAUGAGGAUCUCAAUAUCUCCUUCGCGCCCUCGCCGGACUACCCCGGCAUUGCUAAGGCGGCCGCUGGCGGCGAGAUCUGGGCUGGCCGCGCUGCCACUGUGGCGGAGCUGGCGCAGAAACUGCCUGAGGCGAUUCAGAGUGUGCUGAGCGGGAAGAGUGCUGUGUUGGAGGCACAGAUGGAUGGCACGGUUGGCAAGUAUGUGGAGCGUGCGAAUCUCUAG